AUGGCUUUGGAAUAUGUAAAAGAGAAAUACAAUGAUACAAUAGAUUUUAAAUAUGUUUAUCGUGAUGGUGGUCGAAUCUGUGGACCAGCUAAAGCAGCUCAUGCAGCUUCUGAAGUUUACUACAGCGAAAAUGUUACUGUGUUUAUUGGACCAGCGUGUAGUUUGGCAGUGGAGCAAAUGGCAUAUAUGGCAACUAUAUGGAACAUACCGGUUAUAACACCCAGUGGAACCUCUGGAAUUCUGGCAGACAAAGAGGCCUUUCCCAUUCUGAUAAGAAUUGCAUUUGGGAUGCAGGAAUUUGCUGCUUUGUAUUUAAAACUGUUUAAGCUAUAUUCAUGGAGACACGUUGCGCUGUUAUACGAAAGUGAUGUCAGUUUUAACAAGAUAAUUGGUGGAACAUUCUAUGAAGCAUUUAGAACCUCUAGACUGUCGUUGGUUCAUUUCCAGAUCAGCAAAGACAUGACUUUUGAAGAAAGUCGACACGUAUUACGGAAGGCAAACGAGAAUGCCCGAGUGUUUGUGUUGUUAGCGACAACUAAAACAAUACGUAAACUGAUGCUGGCAGCUCAUAGCUUACAAUAUACCAAUGGUGACCAUGUUUUCAUAGCAACUUAUCCCGUAUAUGAGAAAAUGAACAUUUGGUACAAAAAUGAUGAAAAUGAUUCGAUUGCAAUGGAGGCUGCCCAAAGUUUGUUGUUAGUAAACCUUGAACAGAAGUUUGAUUCUGAAUAUAUUCAGUUCAAUGAUGAAUUAGUAUCGAGAUCAUAUAUUGACUAUGGUUUUGACUAUGGCGAUAUUGAGCCAAAUAUACUGUUACCAAGAUUCUAUGAUGCUGUACUUAUAUAUGCCGAAAUCUUGAAUGAGACUCUAGUAGAAGGUGGUGAUCCUUUAGAUGGAUUAGCUAUUGUUACAAAGAUGAAAAAUAGAACAUUUCAUGGAAAAAGUGGUCGAAUAUCUAUCAAUGCCAAUGGUGAUAGAUAUACAGAUUUAGUUUUGUAUGAUAUGACACUGCCAGAUAUGGGCGCAUUUGAGAUUGUUGGGUUUUAUGAUGGUAAGCUACAAGAAUAUACACCAAAUUAUUAUAAGAAGAUUCAAUGGCCUGGUGAUAAAGGACCACCACCUGAUAUACCAGAAUGCGGUUUUAGAGACGACACUUGUCCACAACAAGGAUUGUCGAAGGUCUUUGUUAUAAGCCUCUCGUCGUGUUUUGGAGCUCUUGCAGUGAUGACGUUCAUAAUUGGUAUAUUAUGUUACAGACGAUGGCGAGGUAAUGCCAGACAAGACUUAUGGUGGUGGAAAAUACAGCUAGAAGAACUCAUCUUUGAUAAAAGAACACAAAACGGCUCGUCAAUAUCUUUUAUGGGACGGGGAAUAAGUGUUCAUCAUGGUUUAUGUCUUAUUUAUUUACAGAGAGCUUCGUUAAAGAGUGAAAUUAACAACUUCUCAGAUGUUCAUGUUGGUAUAGCUUUAUACAAGGGUAUAACAGUUCAAGUAAGAGAAUUGAACGUGAGCGAUAUUCCAAUCACAAACCAACUACUCAAUGAAUUUAAGGAGAUUCGAGAUAUUAACCAGAAUAACAUCGUUAAGGUGUUUGGAGCCUGUUUUCAUCCCAUUUCUUCGUUUCUGGUUAUAGAACAUUGUUCAAAGGGUACACUACAGGAUGUAGUGGGAAAUACCGAAAUCAAACUCGAUGCACAUUUUAAAUUUUCUUUGGCUAUAGAUAUUGCCCAGGGAAUGACUUUUAUACAUCAGAGUUCUAUACAUCAUCACGGUAAUUUAUCUAGUAUGGUUUGUUUAAUAGAUAAUAGAUUCUCUGUUAAAAUAACAGAUGUGGGGUUGAGAUAUUUGUAUAGCUAUAUCAAAAAGGACAAGCUAUCUCAGGAAUAUAUUAAUGGUAAAUGCAAUUAUUUCACAAAAGAAGGGGAUGUUUAUAGUUUUGGUAUUAUUUUACAAGAAAUCUUGACUCGAGAUUCGCCCUUCUCCUUAGAGACAUCUGAACUUGGUGCUAAAGAUGUCUUAAUGAAAGUGAAAGAAAAUAGUGGUGAGCCAUUUCGGCCAAAAGUAGAUCAUGUAUCACCUAAUACAUCUGAUAUGUUAACCCUUAUGAAGAAAUGUUGGCAGGAAGAUCCCCAUAGCCGACCUAUAUUUUCAUCUAUAGUAAAGGAACUAAAACAUAUGACAUCUGGAAAUCUCUUAGAUAACCUUCUCAGGCGUAUGGAAUUAUAUGCCAAUAAUUUAGAAAAGAUGGUGGAUGAGAAAACACUAGAAUUAAACGAAGAGAAGAAGCGUUCAGAGGAGCUGCUAUAUCAAAUUUUACCUAGAUCUGUAGCAGAAAGAUUAAAACGUGGAUUGAGAGUAGAACCAGAAGCGUUUGAUUGUAUCACUAUUUAUUUUAGUGAUAUCUGUGGAUUUACUACCAUUUCUGCCAGAUCGAAACCAAUGGAGGUUGUCAAUCUACUUAAUGAUUUAUAUUCCUGUUUUGAUGAUAUUUUAGAAGGCUUUGAUGUUUACAAGGUAGAAACUAUUGGUGAUGCCUAUAUGGUAGCUUCUGGUUUACCACAAAGAAAUGGACAUAAACAUGCUGAAGAAAUAGCUAGAAUGUCACUUGCCUUACUUAAAGCUAUAGAUUCAUUUCGUAUGAGACAUUUACCUGAUGAAAAACUUAAAUUACGUAUUGGUCUUCACUCAGGGCCUGUCUGUGCUGGUGUUGUAGGGGUCAAAAUGCCGAGAUAUUGUUUAUUUGGUGAUACAGUUAAUACAGCGUCUAGAAUGGAAUCACAUGGUGAAGGUUUGAAAAUUCACAUGAGCGAAUCAACAAAUAAAAUUUUACAACAAAACAAUUUCUUUGAAAUUGUAAAACGAGGAGAUAUUGAAAUAAAGGUAAUGAAUACUUCAGAAUACUGUUAA